UCUUUUCGGAAGCAUCCAAAAAUCAAAAAAAAAAAAAAAAAUUCUUCAAAUCUCCAUUUCUCGUAACUUCAUCGGAUUAAGUUCAAUCUGGUGAAGAUUAUCAGCUUAGGGCAUGUUGGAACUCCAAUCGCAAGGUUAUAUUUCAUCUGGAUUAUAGCUUUGUUCUUAGCUCCGGCAUGCCUUUAGUUUUAUAGAAAUCAUCUGUGGUAGUUGUGAUCUUUCUUAUUAAUUUGGAGAGAUAAUUGAGAUCACAUUCACCACUGUCAUUUUCAACAGUAGCCAUGGAUCUACCACAAGAAGAGCUUCAAUUUCUAAGCAUAGCAGAUAUUCUUAAGGAAUCAACAGCAGUACCCAGACAGUCUCCUAAAACGUUUUACCUUAUAACCCUAACCCUAAUUUUCCCCCUUUCAUUCGCGAUCCUAGCUCAUUCGCUAUUCACUCAUCCUUUACUUGUCCGAAUUGAUAGCCGUUCUGGUUCACAUACAUCUGAAUGGACUAAACUCCUACUCUUUCAGUUCUUCUAUCUUUUGUUCCUUUUCGCAUCAUCCCUUCUCUCCACGGCUGCUGUUGUUUUCACAGUAGCAUCUCUUUACACUUCCAAACCCGUAUCAUUCUCCUCCACCAUGUCUGCGAUCCCAAAAGUGUUAAAACGCCUAUUCAUCACCUUUGUAUGGGUUUCUCUCACAAUGGUUGUUUACAACUUAGUUUUCAUCGGCUUUGUAUUCCUUCUUAUGGUGGCUGUCGAUACCCAAAAUGUCCUACUCUUCUUCUUCGCGAUGAUAGUCAUAUUUCUGCUAUUUCUAGUGGUUCAUGUUUACAUAACCGCGUUAUGGCAUAUGGCUAGCGUGGUAUCUGUGCUUGAACCUGUUUAUGGAUUCUCUGCUAUGAAGAAAAGCUAUGAACUUUUAAGGGGAAGGACAAGAAUGGCUUCUGUCAUGGUGUUUGCUUAUCUUGUUAUUUGUGGUAUCAUAAGCGGGGUGUUUGGAGCUGUUGUGGUUCAUGGAGGGUUUAGUUAUGGCGUGUUUUUUAGGAUAACCAUGGGUGGAUUCUUGGUUGGGGUGCUGGUCAUUGUGAAUUUGGUUGGUUUAAUGGUGCAAAGUGUGUUUUAUUAUGUUUGUAAGAGUUAUCACCAUGAAGGAAUUGAUAAAACCGCACUUUUUGAUCAUCUUGGUGGCUAUUUGGGAGAGUAUGUUCCUCUUAAGAGUAGCAUUCAAUUGGAAAACUUGGAUGGUUGAAGAAGAAGAAAAGAGGGCUUUGGGUUAAUUAUCUAUCUCUUCUAUGAUCAUGAAUUAACCCAGUUUAAGAAUGUUGGUAGAUUUGAUUUGCAUUUGUUGAACUUUUAGCUCUUUUUAUUUUCUUUGAUCAUGUUAUUGUAACGAUUUCGGAAAGUAUGUCUGUUGUAUCCAAGAAAACUGGUUAAUUGCUUCUUUGUUUUAGUAAUAAUGUACCUAUUUUAGA